UUGUGAGAUCUGGCAACCGAGUCACAGUGUGCAUCUUCAAUAUGGCAGCGUGCGAGCUGAAGGGAGAGCUGAAGUACAGAGAUGGACAGACAAACCAGUUCGCUGUACAAGUAGAUGGCGAUCUGAAAUCAAUGAUUACUGGCGUCAAGAAAUUAAAUGCCGAUAUAUCAGUAGUCUUGACGGCUCUUGUUGAACAAGAAAAGGGCUCAACGGGAGACAGCAGAGGGGUUCUGGAUGAUGAAGAGGAUGAGGACAGUGACGAAGAGGAUAGUAUCACAGAAAUGGCCACGAAAAAGUCAAACUCAGAACCUCCAAACAAGCGGAUAAAGACCUUACGGCCAUGAUCUUCAGAACUGUCAUUCUCCUGUUAUUGCAUAAAAAGGUGUUGUUACAUCAGUGCCCUCCUUUUAAAAACAUUUAUGACGGCAAUAUGAGUUUAAGACAGUGUUGUUUUAAAAAAAUGUUGCCUUUUUUUGUUUCCAUUCUUUAAUAUUUUUAGGCUAUUUAAAAAUGUUUUUAUUUUUGAUAACUUCGGUUUCUUAUUAAAGGAAAAACAUAAUAGUGCAAAGGGAAAAUUGUUUCAUCAUUACAUUUUUCCUGUUGUAAAAAGGUUAUCAGUACUUAAGUUUCAUCAGCUAAAAGGUAAUAAUAAACCACUGUGCAAUAAAA